AUGCGUUCCUCCCUCCUUGCCGCUGCCACCGCGCUGGCUGGCUCUACACUGGUCUAUGGUCAGACUUUCAGUGACUGUAAUCCCGUCAAGGGCGAUAAGUGCCCACCAAAGGCUGGUCUGGGAACGACCCUCGUUACCGACCACACCAAGCCCAGUACUGACUGGACCGAGGCUGUCGCGACCAACCUCAAAUAUGGUCCCGACGGUGCCGAGUUCACCAUCGCCGGCCGAGCUGAUGCUCCUACCAUUGGCACCGACAAGUACAUCUUCUUCGGCAAGGUCUCGGUUACGCUAAAGGCUUCUCCUGGUGUCGGAACAGUCAGCAGUUUCAUUCUCGAAUCCGAUACCCUCGAUGAGAUUGAUUGGGAGUGGCUGGGCUCGGAUGACAGCAAUGUCCAGAGUAAUUUCUUCGGCAAGGGGAACACGACCACCUAUGAUCGUGCCCAAUUCCACCCUGUUGCCGCUCCUAUCGAGAACUUCAUUACCUACUCCAUCGACUGGACAAAGGACUCCAUCAAGUGGUACAUCGGUGACGACAUGGUCAGGGAGCUCAAGAACGACGACCCAAAGACCCUCGGAGGCAAGAACUACCCGCAAACACCCAUGCGCGUCAAGAUGGGCUCGUGGAUCGGUUGUCUCGAUGCCGCCGCUGCCGCGAACCCUUCGUCGCAAGGGACGUGUGAGUGGGCUGGUGGACCGAUCGAUCUCACCCAGGGUCCCUUCACCAUGUACGUCAAGAGCACGACGAUUCAGGAUUACGGGUGCGGAGGAGAUUACAGCUACACUGAUGCGUCUGGAAGCUGGGAGAGCAUCGAGUCCACCGGUAAAUGCGACGGCAAGGGAACUCCCGAUAUCCACUCUACCACCGUGCCUGCAACCCCGACCAAGUCUUCUACCAUUUCCAAGAGCGGAGGCGUCAUGGUUGAGACUGCCGCUAGUAUGAGCAGCAAGCCUCCUUCACCUGCAAGCAGCACUGUGCCCAGCUCCUCCGGCGCCCCAUCACCGGUUGCCUCUGGCACCCCUGGCACCCCUGGCACCCCUGGCGCCCCUGGCACCGCUGAAUCUCCCGCAAAUUCCAGUGACCCCUCCGUCGUUAACACCAACGCCGGCACCGUCCUGAAGCCCAAGCACCAGUACGGCGCCCUCGAUCUGGGUGUCAUGGCUCUGGGUCUCGCCCUGGGAUACCUCUUCAUGUAG